AUGCUGGCUGAAUUGCCACUGGAUGACGUGGAGCAGCUCGAGCAAAACCUCUUGGGCAACGGAGACAAUGGUGAUGACGAGGAGGAGAUGAGGAACACAGACGAACUGCAUCAGCAGCAGCAUCAACAGCAGCAGCAGCAGCAACAGGAGCAAUCGGGUGAGGAAUUGCGACGAAGACGCCAAGAGAACGAAGCGUGGCGGCAGGCGGCCCUCGCGUGUGUCCUGAGAAUUGCAUCCGUGUGUAUCGGUGCGUUGCAGUUGAAACAGCACAACACCAGCGCCAGCGCCACUGCUACUGCAACUGGCGCUAGUAACAGAAACCUGACGCAUCCACCAAGGCGAGCACAAAGAACAGCAGCAAGAACAGCAGCAGCAAGAACAGCAGCAGCAAGCGCAGCAACAACCUCCACCAAUGCACCCAUGCCAAACCACGCCGUGCACAGGCCCGCACCACCACCACCACCACCAUCAUCAUCAACAGCAGCAGCAGCAGCAACAGCAGCAGCAGCAGCAGCAACAGCCACGUCACCAUCGACUCCGUUCCCCUCGUGUGCACCCGUACCGGAGACGGUGGAGGUCUUGACACCGUCGCUGCCAGAUGGUGUUGAGCCACAGUGGCUGCCAACGAGCCUGUUGCGGCAAGUGCUUGACAUUCUGGCAACGUGUCUUGAUCUGGAGACGGCAGAUGCUCGCCUCAGGUCCAUUCGCGCACACGUGGACUGCCGGCCCACAAGUCCGCUGUAUCUCGCCAAGGACCGCUUCACACGCCAGCUGCCACUCGUCUUCCUGCGCUGUCGCUGCGACCUUCAAGGCGCAAUUGACAUGACGCAACCGGACGAUUUGUCCGCUGUGGCGUGCGCGCUCGUGGCCGGCAUGUUCGACGGGUCCGCGCGAGACGAGGACUUGGUGGUUCUCUUUGACGCGUUUGCUCACCACUGCACGCACCUCAUGUCAGCCAGUUACACGACCUCGUCGCCCGCACCUGCAACAACAUCCACAACCACUGCAACCAAUGCCAAAACAGCGUCUACAGACACAACAACAACAACAACAACAACAACACCUCCCUCGACCACCACCACCAACAGCAGCAGCAGCACCACCACCACCACCACCACCACCACCACCACCACCAACAGCAGCACCACCACCACCAGCAGCAGCAGCAGCAGCACCACCACCAACAGCAGCAGCAGCAGCACCACCACCACCACCAGCAGCAGCAGCAGCAGCAGCAUUGGUGCCGGGUCGCUGUGGCCGCUGCACCGGCGAUCGUCAAUGCUUCGCGACCGCCACAUUGAGCUCGCCUUCCAGCAGCGCGCGGCCGCGUUUGCACACGUCGUGCGCUGGCUGUGUGCUGGCCAGGUGCGCCGCGCCCUCGCCCCGUUCACACUCGCGCAGGUAAUUGGCCGCGUGGAUGCGAUCGCUGAGACGUCACGCCACGACACGUCACCGGCAGCGCAGGCACACCACACGGGCUGUUGUGUCCGCAUGGUGGCCCUGCUUAUGCAGCACGCCUCUGACGCAAUCUACCGGCGUGACGGCGAGUGCCUGUUCCCCGCGCUCAUCCACAAGUACCUGGAAGCGAAGCCCGAGUCUGUUGUGCGCAAGGAGGCGGGGCGGGAGGUUGAUCAUUUCGUCAUGCCGGCGGCGCUGCAAGGGAUUGCAUCCCUUGAUUUCAUCAACGACUCGUACCUGCGGCGGAUUCUCGUGCGCGAUGUGUUUGGCGCGUACUUUGAGGCGCUGGCCUGCUCCGUGUGCUCCGGGUUCGGCGACAACACGACGCCAGCGUGGACCGGAGACGCGCGUGUGCGGUACUCAGCGCUCGUCAACCAGCGUCUCCACUCGUUUGCGUCUGUCAUGCUGGCGUGCUCACCGACGGGACAUGGCAGUGGCGGCAAUAACGGCAAACAUGGCGAGAAGCAGCGGACAGCAGCUGGAAGCACAGCAGCAACAGCAACAACAGCAGCAACAACAGCAACAGCAGCAACAACAGCAACAGCAGCAACAGCAGCAACAACAGCAGCAACAGCAACGACAAUUGCAACAUCAGAAGGUGCACACCAUCCGCCGCAGCAGCCGCCACGAGCAGCCCCAGCACCGUCAUCAUCAUCAUCAUCGUCGUCGUCGUCGUCGUCGGCAUUACCACAUGUGCGGUUUGAUUGGCGGGCGGAGCAGCGUCGCGGCCAGAUGCGCCGGUUUUUCCUCGGCGUUCUCCUGGCCGAAUAUCUGAGCGAGCACGCCACCGCCCACCCCACGUUCCCGCUCCUUGUGGCGAAUGUGAAGGAUCUUGUGGACCGCCUGCUGUGGGGACACAGUGCGGCUGUUCGCUCGCUCGUCGCCGGGAUGACACGCGCGGUGGUUGAAGCGCAGGGUCGUGGUGCUGUGGCGGCAGGACCGGGGGUGACGGCCGCUGGUGUGGACGGGGAGCGUGAAUUGAGCGAUCACGUUGGUGGAAGCGGGCAUGCAGACGAACGGCGAGCAUCAACAACGCGACCACCAAAGGCAGCAACAACAACAACGAGUUCGAGUACUGCAACAACAGCAACAGCAGCGCCUGUGUCGUUGUCACCGCAGUUGCGUCAGGCCAUUGUGGAGCGUGUGCGUGUGCUCAAGGCGCUGAUCCUCAACUAUGAGAAGGACGCUGUGCUACUGUUAGAGUCUGUGUGCCCGUGCAUUCGCCGUGUGGCGGACAAACCGGGCUCUCGGUCCACGCUGAUGCACCUUUGUGGCGGCGUGUUGUUGAAGCGUCACCAGCAGAUACAACAGGCACUUUAUCAGUGCUCUCUUCUCCUGCACCGCAUCGACAGCAGCCAAGCGCCAAUCACCACCCCAGUCAUGGACAAGCUGCUGCCGAGCCUGUGCGCGUACAUUGCUGGGGAGUGCCUGUCUGAUAUGCACGCCCACCUUGGUGUCGAGAGCCAGCUCCCCGUCGGCACGCCAGACAGCCGCCAACUGCGCAAACUCCUCAACAACGUCAUGCAGCUCAUCCCAGAGAGCCCGUUUGUACAGCGCAUGCGUCGGGACCCUGCCAACCGGCGCGUGCUGUGCCGCUGCGCACACCCGCGCCGGGCCGCGCUGACGAUACUGGAGUGCCCUGUUGUUGUGUUUGUUGCCCUCAAGUAUAUGAUGGCGCUGCCGCAGGGCCUGCCCCACGUGGAAAACGCCAUUGCCGUCAUCACCCAGCAGCUCGAUCACGCGACGCGGCAUGCGGCUGCCAAGGUGGUGCAGGAGUUGAAGCAGGCAAGCAUCGCUGGUCUCGGGCUUCCACACGAAAACAUCCACAGCCAGCACUGAACCCUUAUCUGACCAUCGAAUCGAAUACAUUCAUUAAACUGCCAAAUAACCGC